GAAAAUGGAGAGGCAUCUUCACGGAGUUUUGUAUGUGUUCAUUAUCACAUUUUCUCUUAUACAUUUUGUUCAAGCGCAGGAUCAAAAAGGAUUCAUAACUUUGGAUUGUGGUUUGUUACCUGAUGGGUCUCCAUACACCGAUCCAUCUACCGGAUUAACAUUCACCUCUGAUGCUAGUUUCGUCGAGAGUGGAAAGAAUGGUCGAGUUGAUAAGGAUUCUGAGAGAAACUUCGAAAAGGCGUUUGUAACGCUGAGAUACUUCCCAGAAGGACAACGGAACUGUUAUAACGUGAAGGUCACGCAAGGAACAAAGUAUCUGAUUAGAGCUUCCUUCUUUUAUGGAAAUUACGAUGGUCGUCAAACACUCCCGAACUUUGAUCUGUUUCUUGGCCCUAAUAAGUGGACAACGGUGAAUUUGAAUGCUACCGUAUCAGGGGGUCAGUAUAGGGAGAUUAUUCACAUGUCCAAGUUAAGCUCUUUGCAGAUCUGUCUUGUUAAAACUGGAACAACUACACCGAUGAUAUCAACCUUGGAGCUACGGCCAAUGAGAAGUGAUAUCUACAUUAGUGACACCGGAAGCUCUUUGCAGUUCUUAUCAAGAACUUAUUUUAAUGUUUCUGGCCGCAUUUUAAGGUACCCUGAUGAUGUCUAUGACCGUAGGUGGUUACCAUUGAUAGAUAAAGAUUGGAAUUUAAUAACUACAACCCUCAAUGUAAACACUUCUAAUGGUUUUGAUCCGCCUCAAGGUGCGAUGGCAUCAGCUGCAACCUAUGUAAAUGAUAAUGGGACAUGGAAUAUUCCUUGGAACGUGGAGGAUUCUACAACACGGUUUCACAUUUACCUUCACUUUGCAGAGAUUCAAACUCUGUUAGCCAAUGAGACCAGAGAAUUCAAGGUUUUGCUGAAUGGAAAUGAAUUUUCUGAACCUUUUAGUCCUGAAAAGUUACGCAUUCACACUAUGAUUACUCAACCUGAAUCGACAUUAAGAUGCGACGGAGGGGCUUGCCUUAUGCAGCUGGUGAAAACAGCAAAGUCAACUCUUCCUCCUCUCCUCAAUGCUAUGGAGAUUUUUACUGUUGUUGAACUUCCUCAGUCAGAAACAAACCAAGAUGAAGUGGUUGCUAUCAAGAAGAUCCAAAUUGCUUACGGAUUGAGUAGAGUUAGUUGGCAAGGAGAUCCAUGUGUCCCCAAAGAGUACUUGUGGGCUGGUCUAAACUGUAACAACACGGAUAGUUCGACUCCACCAACAAUCACUUCCUUAAACUUAUCUUCAAGCGGAUUGACCGAUAUAAUUCUGCCUGCCAUUCAGAAUCUAACCAAUCUACAAGAACUGGAUUUAUCAAACAACGACUUGACCGGUCCUGUGCCUGAAUUUCUAGCUGACAUGAAAUCUCUUUUUAUCAUAAACUUAAGUGGAAACAAUCUAAGUGGUCAACUUCCUCAAAAGCUUGUACAAAAGAAAGGACUGAAGCUGAAUGUUGAAGGCAACCCUAACGUUAGUUGCCCAGAAAGUUCAUGUGUUAAUAAACCUAUAGAAAGUGGACAUCCCAAAAAGAGUAUGAUUGUACCUGUUGUUGCAUCAGUUGCUUCAGUGGUUAUUAUUGCAAGUGCAUUGGUUACAUUUUUUGUUCUCAAAAGGAAAAAAUCAUCAAACAGUAGAGAAAACGGUAGAACACCAAGAUCGGAGCCACCGAGAAUAAUGAAAAAGAAAAGAUUUACUUACGCAGAGGUUAUUGAAAUGACAAAUAACUUCGAAAGGGUUCUUGGAAAAGGAGGGUUCGGCAUGGUUUAUCAUGGAUAUGUAAAUGGUACAGAACAAGUUGCCGUUAAAGUAGUCUCUCAGGGUUCAGAUCAAGGGCUCAAACAAUUCAAGGCAGAGGUUGAUCUUCUUCUGAGGGUUCAUCACAAGAAUUUGGUAGGCCUGGUUGGAUAUUGCGAAAAAGGGAAGGACUUGGUUCUCGUAUACGAAUACAUGUCCAAUGGAGACUUGAAAGAGUUUUUGUCAGGGAAGCAUCACUCCUCUGUUUUAACGUGGGGAACUAGACUAAAAAUAGCUGUAGACGCUGCACAAGGAUUGGAGUAUUUGUAUAAAGGAUGCAGACCACCAAUUGUUCAUAGAGAUGUGAAAACAGCAAAUAUAUUGUUGGACGAAAACUUCCAAGCCAAAAUUGCCGAUUUUGGGCUUUCUAAAUCAUUCCCAAACGAUGGAGAAAGCCAUGUAUCCACAGUUGUUGCAGGAACUCUUGGUUACCUUGAUCCAGAAUACUACAACACAAAUUGGUUGACUGAAAAAAGUGACGUAUAUAGUUUUGGAGUCGUCUUAUUAGAGAUUAUUACAAAUUUGCCAGUGAUUGACCAGCAACGUGAAACACCAUACAUAGCAGAAUGGGUGGGAUUAAUGGUCACCAAAGGAGAUAUUAAAAACAUUAUAGAUCCAAGACUUAAAGACGAUUACCACUCUGAUUCUGUUUGGAAAUUUGUUGAGCUAGCAAUGGCUUGUGUUAAUGAUUCUUCAGCAAGUAGACCGACCAUGUCUCAAGUUGUUAUUGAGCUAAUUGAAUGUUUAACACUUGAGUACUCGAGAGGAGGAACGAGUUAUUCAAGAGAAGUGACCAUGACAUUUGGAACUGACGUGAACCCCACGGCUCGCUAGGUUUGC